GAAUAUUCCUUAUCAUUGAUGAAAGAAGGAAUUCGAACUUUACUCUUUAUCGUGGGAAUCUUGGUAGUAUCAUUCGCAAAAGAUGCUUCUGAAUCAAAACAAUCAAAAAACAACAAUAAUGCCCUAAAGUAUAAAGAUGAAGCCGAUAACUACUAUAAACAAAAGAAAUAUCGAGAAGCAGAAAGGAUGUAUUCAAAGUGUAUUUUUUCUGAUUCUUCGAUGGUUGCUUGCUAUAAUAGUCGGUAUUUAUGCCGGCUGAACUUGCAGCAGCUCGAUGGAGCGGUCUCCGAUUUAGGCCAUGUUGUGGAGUUGAACCCUUCGCCAAGAGCAUUACAACAACUGGGGAAUUUACAGAUCAAGGUUGGAAAAUGCCAGGAAGCUUAUCAAACCUUCAAGCGUUGCCAGUCUCUUUACCCUGGUUAUGAUAAUGCUGAAAUUCAAAAGUCUCUUUCUGUGAGUCGGGAGUGUUCGAAGGAGAUCAAGAGUGUUCAGAACAGUAUCACCAAGAAGAACUAUAAGGAAGCUAUCUCGACCUUAAAUAAGCUGCUGGCGACUGUAAAGAACUCGAUUUCCUUACCCAGAAGUGGGACCAGCUCACCAGAUAAUCUGGAAGCGUUGUAUUUGCGCGGAUACGCUCUUUUGGAGAGCGGAGACAUCGACACAGCAAAUGCUCAUUUUAAGAAGUGUCUGCGAAGUGAUCCAGAAGAUAAGAAAUGCAAAGAGAGAAGCAAGUUGAUUCGAUCCAUCAACCGAAACUUGAAUCGGAUUACCGACCCUUCGAGUAAAGAGACGAAGGAGAAAAUCGAAGCUGCGGAGAAUCUGCUUCAUCUUCCAAAGGUCCCUCAGCAUUUUAUCGGUCUCGCUCAUUAUCAUUUAUGCAAUUUGUAUACCAAGGAAAAAGCGUACGACAAGGUCUCGCCCCAUUGUCAGUACGUUGUCGACCACAAAUCGGAGUUGAGCAACGCUGUGGACGUUGCUGAUGCUGUGUGCAAUCUGGCGACCGUGCUGAUCAAUCAAGAGGAGUAUGACCGAGCAGUGAAGCUUCUCGAAGACGCUCUGCGCGAGAACCAAGAAAAUAAAAAGCUGAAAGACAAGCUGCAUGAAGCGCAGACCGCGCUGAAGCGGAGUAAAGAGAAGGACUAUUACAAGGUGCUGGGAGUGAAACGUGACGCUACGCAGAAGGAGAUUAAAAAAGCGUAUCGCAAGCUAGCGCUGCAGUGGCAUCCCGAUAAGCAUAAGGAGGACAAGGACGUUGCUGAGCAGAAGUUCAAAGAGAUCGCGGAAGCUUACGAAGUGCUUUCGGACGAAGAGAAGCGAGCUGCGUAUGAUCGUGGAGAAGACUCCAACGAGCAUCAGGGACAGGGAAAUCCGUUCUCUGGCGGAUUCCCAGGCGGUUUUACCUUUUUCCAGGAGGGCUUUGGAGGAGGAUUCACAGGAGGCUUCCCUGGAGGCUUCCCUGGAGGCUUCCCUGGGGGCUUCCCUGGAGGAUUUGGAGGCGGUUCGAAAGGAAAAGGGAAGGGAAAUUCGCAUGGUAAUAGUCAUUUCACGUUUCAUUUUGGAUAA